AUGGACCCCCUGUUAACACGCUUUCAGGGAUGGACCCCUGGUAACAUGCUGCUGGCAGCCCUCUUACUGGGACCCACUGCUAGCACAACAACCAUGCUCUAUAAGCUGACUCUGCUGACGUCACCAGGCUCUCAGCGUGACCGGCAGCCAAUCAGCGCCCGGCCGUCCGUUGCCGCUCAGCCAAUCAGCUCGCUUGUCACCGGCGAACUUGUUAUGUAG